AUGACGGACGAAUCCAGAAUAUCGCCUUAUAAUGUUUCCGACUGCAAGAACACAACCGACGAUGCUCUGCAAAACUACCUGAACGGCCUCAAGUUCCGCCAAUCCCACUGGUACACCGACGUCAAGCUCGCUCUCGGAUACACUGCCGUCAUAAUCGCUGCCAUUACCUUUGCUCUCGACUACAAGUAUGGCUUCGAAGCUACAAAACGAUUCACCACCUUCGCCGUCGUCGCCUACUUUCUCCUGAACGGCGCCUUUACCUACUGGAUCUGGCAGGUUGAAAAGGGCCUCGUAUACGUCGGUGCUUGGAAGGGCCGCAAGAUCACAAUCUCGACCCGCGCAGACAAGUUCGACCCCACCUACAAACUCAACGUCACAUACCACCCAUCCUCGCUCAACACCAUCCCGCCCGUCGACAAGGAAAUCUCCGCUCCCUUCAUGCGAUGGUUCACCGCCGAUGGCUUCUUCGUCGCCGCCCCCUUCCAGCAAUGGCUCGCUACAAACAUCGACAUGGUCGGUGAUGCAGACCCCAAGAAUGUCCUCGAUGAAGCAGCUGGUCUUGUUUCUGCUCAGUCGGUCAAGCCUGAAGGUCUCAAGGAUUUAUUGAAUGUUAUCAAGACUGGUCCUCCGCCUGCUGCUCCUGCUGCUGCUGCUCCUAGGAAAAGGGGUUGA